AUGGAUCCCUUGUUUUGUCCAUCAGAAGCUAACAACUUUCGGCGUUUCACCCCUGAGUCCUUGGCAGCAAUCAAGGAAAGAAUUGCUGAGAAAAAAAAGCAGCAAGCCAAAGUUAAACAGGAGAGUAAGGGGCAAGGAGCUGAAGAAGAUAAACUUACUCCUCAGCUUGAUCUGAAAACCUGCAAAAAACUGCCAUCUCUAUAUGGGGAUAUUCCUGUGGAGCUUAUUGGGGAACCCCUGGAAGAUUUUGAUCCAUACUACAAUGAUCACAAGACUUUUAUGGUGGUAAAUAAAGAGAGGACUAUUUUCCGGUUUACUGCCACACCUGCCUUGUGUAUAGUUGGUCCUUUUAAUCCAGUCAGAAAAGCAGCAAUUCAUAUUCUGAUCCAUUCGUUAUUUGUUAGCUUUAUUCAAUGUACUGUGGUCCUCAAUUGUGUUUCCAUGGCUGUGAAUAAGCUUCCAGAAGCACUCACCUGGACUGAAUAUCUUUUUACUGGCAUAUAUACUGGUGAACUAUUAGUAGCACUGUUAGCAAGAGGUCUUAUCUGGAAUGAAUUUACCUUUCUUCGAGAUCCAUGGAACUGCUUAGAUCUUUUCGUUAUGGUCAUAACAUAUAUUACUCUGUCUAAAGGCACGGGCAAGAUUUCAGCUCUUCGAACUUUCAGAGUACUGAGGACUUUGAAAGCUAUUUCAGUAAUACCAGGUCUGAAAGUCAUCGUAAAUUCACUUAUUGAAUCUGUUAGGAAACUUACUGAUGUGAUGAUCUUGACUGUUUUCUGCUUGAGUAUAUUUGCUCUAAUAGGCCUCCAGCUUUUUAUGGGCAAUUUAAAAUCCAAAUGUGUCCUCAGUAAUACUACAUACAAUGACGCAUUAUGUAAGGAAGCGAAGAUAUAUGUACCAAAUAGUGAAGAUAUCUGCGCCAGAAUGAAUAAUUCUCCUGAAAUACUGCUCUGUGGGUACAGUUCAGGUUCUCACAAUGAGUGCCCAGAAAACUAUAGCUGCGUGAGGUUUGGGAAGAAUCCUGACUUUGGUUAUACAAGUUUUGAUCAUUUUGGCUGGGCCUUCCUUUCUUUAUUCCGUCUGAUGACACAGGAUAACUGGGAGCGUCUCUACAGACAGACUAUCCGUACAUCUGGAAAGAACUACAUUUUAUUUUUUAUGGGGGUCAUCUUUUUGUGCUCAUUUUAUCUCUUCAAUCUGAUCUUGGCUGUAGUAACCAUGGCAUAUGAAGAGCAAAAUAGAGCUACUCUUGCUGAAACAGCAGCAAAGGAAAAAUUAAUUCAGGAUGCCAGACAAAUUCUAGAGAAAGAACAGAUGUUGGCUGCUGGAGAGAGUAAUGCGGCCAUGAAUGUCAGACCUGAAAUGUCAGUUGCUGACCUGAAAAGUUUGAAAGAAAAAGAGAAUGAGAAAAAAACCCCUAAUUUAAGUCAAAGCUUAAUUAUAGGUGAUCAUGGCAAAGAGGAUAUAUUUCAUUCACAGCCUGGUCACUGCCACAAGAAACUUUUCUAUCAGAAGCAGAUACUGCUGUCUUACGAAUUGUCAGUGGAUUCUAUUAGUGAUCCCUUUCGAAGACAGAGGUUGAUGAGUGCAGCCACUGUUAUUACAGAUAAUUUACAACUGCAAGAGUCAAAACUGAAAUGCCCUUCAUUAUGGAAACGUUCUGCUCAAAAGUAUCUAAUUUGGAAUUGUUGUCCAUUCUGGAGAGUACUGAAAGAGAAGGUGAAAUUGGUAAUUUUGGAUCCGUUUGUUGAUCUCUUAAUCAUGGUUUGCAUUGUUGUGAAUACCAUAUUCAUGGCUCUGGAGCACCCUGGCAUGCAUUCCAAUUACCAACACAUGAUUUACGUAAGUGACAAGGUCUUCACUCUGAUUUUUACAGCAGAAAUGAUCUUGAAAAUCAUUGCUCUAGAUCCUUACAACUAUUUUCAGCAAAAAUGGAAUAUUUUUGAUAGUGUAGUUGUUAUGAUUGGCCUAAUAAGCUUUCAAACAAAUCUGUCAUCUCUCAGGCUGCUUAGGAUCUUCAAAUUGGCAAAGUCCUGGCCAGCCUUAAAUACUCUUAUGAAAAUUAUUAUAAACUCAGUUGGUGCUCUGGGUAACCUCACUCUGGUUUUGAUUAUCACUGUAUUUAUUUUUGCUGUAGUAGGAAAGCAGGUUUUGGGCAAUUGUUAUGAGACUAAUUACAGUAAAAUAAGCACCAAUAAGAAUUUACGCUGGCAUAUGAAGGAUUUUUGUCAUUCUUUCCUGAUUAUAUUCCGAAUAUUAUGUGGAGAAUGGAUUGAAACCAUGUGGGAAUGUAUGGAAGUGGCUGGAAAAGGGCUGUGUCUUCCCAUUUUCUUGCUAGUCCUCGUGGUAGGAAACCUGGUGGUGCUCAACCUAUUCAUUGCCUUGCUGCUGAGUUCAUUCAGUACUGACUCCUCAGUGGGAGAAGAGGAAACCGGACAAAAGACUAAAUGUCAGAUUGCCAUUGCACGGAUUCAUAAGUGCCUGCAGUCUGUGAAAGACAGAAUUUGCGAUCAUUGUGGCAAAAUAAUGAAACGAAGCCCCAAAACAACAUCCAGAAAGAAGACUUUGGUGAAAAUUUCUACCAAAGACACAGAGGAAAAUAACUAUGCCAUGACAGAUGUCAGAAAGGAUAUAGACAACAAUUGCUUUGACAUUGGGUAUUACAAUACUGAAGAGAGUUCCUCAAUAACAAGGAAAUAUGAAGAAUUUUUAACUAGUCCUAGUACCUGUGUUCCCAUUGCAGUAGCAGAGACUUACGCCGAUGAAGGUGAUGAUGAAUACAGUGCAUGCACAGAAAUAAAAUACAGAAAACCGAAAUGUGAUUCUGGUAGCUAUUCUGAAGCCAGCACUGUGGAUCCAGAUGUUCUUCUGGAGAUAUUUUCCCAGCCUAAAAAGUCGCACUUACCUAAGGACUGUUUUGGAGAAAGCUGUGUUGAAUGUUGCCGGUGUUGUGUAGUGGAUAUCACUAAGUUUCCAGGCAGAACUUGGUGGAAUUUUAGAAAAACCUGCUACAGAAUUGUUAAACAUAGCUGGUUUGAAAAUUUUAUAAUUUUUAUGAUAAUAUUGAGCAGCGCAGCACUGGCAUUUGAAGAUAUUCACCUGCAGGGGAGAAAAAAUGUGAAAAUGGUCCUAGACUAUGCUGAUAAAGUAUUUACCUACAUCUUUUUUAUGGAGAUGCUUCUGAAAUGGGUAGCUUAUGGUUUGCACAGUUAUUUCACAAAUGUCUGGUGUUGGCUUGACUUCAUCAUUGUAUGUGUUGUUGUGAAUGCACUCUUGGGAGCUAUCCCCUCAAUCGUGAAUGUUUUGCUCGUCUGUGUUGUCUUCUGGCUGCUGUUUAACAUAGCAGGAGUAAAAUUGCUUGGAGAAAAAUUUUGGAAAUGUACACUUGAGAAAGGAAAUUUAAGUCUAAUUGAAAACAAAAGUGAUUGUAUUUUCUAUGGUGGAACAUGGACAAAUAGUGAUGUGAACUUUGAUCAUGUUGGGAUGGGGUACUUGGCUCUUCUCCAAGUGGCAACUUUUAAAGGUUGGAUGGAUAUUAUGUAUGCAGCAGUGGAUUCACGAGAGAUAAAUGAACAGCCAAAGUUUGAAGCAUUUUUAGCCAUGUAUAUGUAUUUUGUGAUUUUCAUUAUUUUUGGAUCUUUCUUCAUGCUGAACCUUUUCAUUGGAGUGGUUAUCAGCAAUUUUAACCAACAAAGGAAAAAGAUAAGUGGAAAAGAUCUAUUUUUGACUGAGGAACAGAAAAAGUACUAUAACGCCCUAAAAAAACUUGGAUCCAAGAAACCUCAGAAACCCAUCCCAAGACCAUUGAACGCGUUCCAAGGACUACUGUUUGAUAUAGUAUCACACAAAGCAUUUGACAUUACUGUUUUGGUUUUCAUCUGUCUAAAUAUGGUCGUUAUGAUGGCAGAAAACAGCCAGAACGGCAUCAAGGAUAUUCUUAAUAAAAUCAACUAUUUUUUUGUGGCAGUAUUUACUGGGGAAUGUGUCCUAAAAAUACUAGCCCUAAGACAUUACUUCUUCACCAGUGGCUGGAACGUAUUUGAUUUAGCCAUUGUGGUCGUUUCUCUAGUUAGUAUUGGACUUUCUGAAGGAUUUAAAGCUGUGUUCUCUCCUACACUUCUGAGAAUUUUUCGUUUGACACGAAUUGGCCGAAUCCUGAGAUUAAUUCGAAGAGCCAGAGGAAUUCGAACGCUUCUUUUUGCAUUACUGAUGUCUCUUCCUGCACUGUUCAACAUUGGUCUUUUGCUUUUUCUGGUUAUGUUCAUUUAUGCCAUUGUGGGCAUGACAAAUUUUGCCUGUGUUGGCUGGGAAGGGGGGAUUAAUAACCUUUUCAACUUUCAAACCUUUGACAGUAGCAUUCUCUGUCUUUUCCAAAUUACAACAUCAGCUGGCUGGGAUGGUCUUUUGCUCCCUAUGUUAAAAGGACCGGAUUCAUGUGCUCCCAACUUAAAUUUAACAGCUGAACAAAAACAAAAUUGCACAAGUAAGACAACUGGUAUUUUAUUUUUUGUAAGCUAUGUCAUUAUAUCAUUUCUCAUUGUUGUAAAUAUGUACAUAGCUGUCAUUUUAGAGAACUUUGGUGUUGCCACUGAAGAAAGCACAGAUCCUCUUUGCGAGGAUGACUUUGAUAUGUUUUAUGAGACCUGGGGAAAUUUUGAUCCUCAGGCAACACAGUUUAUUGAAUAUUCUGCUCUUUCAGACUUUGCAGAUGCUCUGGCAGAACCCUUACGUAUUCCAAAGCCUAAUAAAUUUGAGCUCAUAUCAAUGGACCUCCCUAUAGUUAGUGGAGAUAAGAUCCACUGCUUGGAUAUCUUGCUUGCUUUCACUAAAAGGGUCUUAGGAGAAUCUGUGGAUUUGGGUGGUCUUGAAUUACACAUGGAAGAAAGAUUUAUGGCUGCCAAUCAAACUAAAGUUUCUUACAAGCCAAUUACUACUACCCUUAAAAGAAAACAGGAGGAAAUGUCGGCUCUCGUUAUUCAAAGGGCUUUCAGGAGGUAUUUGAUACAGCGUUCCUUUUAA